AUGCCUGAUAUGCGAAUCCCCACAAUCACCAACGACCUCUCCAAGGUGCAAUUGUCCCGUAUCGCCCAUGUCUACUUUGAACACCCAGAGCUGGACAAGUUCGACAGAUUCGCAGAUGACUUUGGCUUUGUCAAAGAAGCUCAAGUCGGAGAUACCAUUUAUUACCGAGGUUAUGGCAUAGACCCUUUUGUCUACGUCGCAACUAAGAGUAAAGAUGGAAAGCAGAGAUUCCUUGGGCCUGCUUUCGUAGCUGCCUCUGAGGAAGAGUUUGAGAAGGCAGCUGCUCUUGAAGGAGCUGAGCGAGUUUCUCUUGAGCAUGCGCCUGGUGGGGGGAAGAUGAUCAAGUUCAGUCGACAAGACAACACAUUCUUUCAUGUUGUGUAUGGUCAAGAAGAGAGGAAGAUUGAUUCAGAGGAACCCACCGCCACACAUGAGCAGCAGGGACCAUACAACAAGCCAUUCACAAAGCCAAGGCGAGGAAAAUACCAGCGAUACCACCCUGGCCCAGCACUUGUUCACAAGCUCGGCCAUUUCGGCUACGUUGUCCCGGACUUUGAUAACGAGCUAGCAUGGUACACAGGCAACUUCAAUUUCGUCCCUUCAGAUAUCCUGUACCAUUGGGACUUCUCCAAUAUGGACGUGCUCACCUUUAUGCACCUGGAUCUCGGCGAUGAGUACUCUGAUCAUCACUGCUUCUUCAUGCAGCGAGCUGAACCUCAUGUCAAAAAGAUAUACUGCCACCAUACCUCAUUUGAAGUGGCAGAUUUUGAUACUCAGCUCAUUGGACAUGAGUACCUGGCUAGCAAAGGCUGGAAGAGUGUCUGGGGCGUUGGGCGACAUGUUUUGGGUAGUCAGAUCUUUGACUACUGGGCGGAUCCCAGUGGCUUCAAGAUUGAGCAUUAUGCUGAUGGUGAUGUCGUCAAUCGGGCAACAGGGACCAACAGGGACGUCGUUGGACCUUUCUCGGUUUGGGGUCCCGAAGUACCCAAGGACUUUGGAGAGAAGGGUGUAUGA